AUGCAGUACGCCGCCGACCACGAUGAUGGCAAGGGCGAGAAAUACUAUCCUAAAGAUCUGAAGCAGCGAGCAGAGGUGAAUAAGUGGCUCUUGUGGGAGGCAUCCGCCUGGUUCGCGUCAUGCUAUGCCUACUUGGUGGAGUACGUGGUGAAGCCACUGCUCGACUCGCAGCCAGACCAGUCAAUCAUUGACGCUCAGGCACCGCGAUGGAAGCAGUUGGCCAAGAUUCUCGAUGACCAACUGGCGAAGACGAAGUUUCUUUGCGGUGAGGGUGUGACUAUUGCAGACAUUGCUGUUGCGUCUCCGAUGCACCUGCAUGAGGCAUCGAAGCUGCCAAUGGCCGAGUACAAGAACCUGUCGCGCUGGAUGAAGGACAUCGAAGCUUUGCCGUGCUGGCAAAAAACCCAGCCCGCGGUCGAGAAGGCUUUGCUUCCGGAGAAGUACAAGCGUGAUCAUGGCGAACAGACUUCGCUGAACUAUACCAAGGCGCCUAGCGACGGCAGCCUAACCGAGCUGUAUUUCUACGAGGAUGCGGAAGGGAAGUACAAGCACAUUCAUGAGCCUGGAAACGAUGCAGAGGAGAUGACUUUCUAUGAUGGAUGGGAUCGCGCCAAGGAGUUCGAUUUGGAUAAGCAUGGUUUCUCGGUGAAGGGUUUCAGCCCAUCGUACAAGGGGAGUUGGGAGGACGAGCAAAGUGUGAGAGAAAAGUUCUACCCGGAGGUCGUUCAAUUUCUAAAGAAAGAGGUCGGUGCCAAGGAUGUUCUAGUCUUCGAUCACACCAUCCGGACGAGGAAAAAUGCUGCGAAGAAGCUCACUCAGGAGACAAACACUACUCAGCGCACCCCAGUCCCUCUAGUGCAUUGCGACUACACUCAUGAAUCGGCUCCGGUCCGGGUCCGCCAACUGCUGCCGGAAGAGGCUGACAAGCUACUCACUCGUCGCGUCGCAUUCCUGAACGUGUGGAAGCCUCUUGCCAAGGUCGAAGAGAUGCCGCUAGCAAUGUGCGACGUCACAACUUCACCCAUGGAUGACUUCUUCAAACUGUAUCUCCGCUAUCGGGAACGCACGGGUGAAAACUACGUCAUGAAGUAUUCUCCCGACCACAAAUGGUGGUACUUCCCAGAGAUGACACCUGAUAAAGUCAUCCUACUGAAGACGUACGACAGCGAGACAGAUGGCAGGGCACGCUUCGUGGGCCACAGCGCGUUUGUGGACCCAACUUCGAAGCCGGAUGCGCCAUUCCGUGAAAGCGUUGAGAUCAGAACGAUUGCGUUCUUCUGAAAGCGGCACUCUGAUCGGGUUUGGCACUUUCACAUACCAUUAGCUGUAG